CGGAAGCUAGGUUGCUCUGUUGCUUCUGCGAUCGGGCGGCGGCGGCGGCGAGAACGAGCGGGGCUGCGGCCGGGACGGCGGUCGGGGCAGCGGGCGCCGCAGUCGGGGAGCAGCAGCGAGGUUGGCGGCUGCGGGCGGCAGCGCAGGGCGGGCCCGGCCGGGUGACGGAGUGGACGGCGCGUCACAGGUGGCAUUGUGUGUCCCAGUGUGCAAGAAUAGCCCCAGAAGAGGGAAGGCUGAGCCCAGAGCUCCUCAGCAGGGAAGAGUCCCUUCCCCCUGCUUCAGGCUGCUGAGCACUGAGCGGCGCUCAGAAUGGAAGCCAUCGCCAAAUAUGACUUCAAAGCUACUGCUGACGAUGAGCUGAGCUUCAAAAGGGGGGACAUCCUUAAGGUUUUGAAUGAAGAAUGUGAUCAGAACUGGUAUAAGGCAGAACUCAAUGGGAAAGAUGGCUUCAUCCCCAAGAAUUACAUAGAAAUGAAACCACAUCCGUGGUUUUUUGGCAAAAUCCCCAGAGCCAAGGCAGAAGAAAUGCUCAGCAAACAGCGGCAUGACGGGGCCUUCCUGAUCAGAGAGAGCGAGAGCGCUCCUGGGGACUUCUCCCUGUCCGUCAAGUUUGGAAAUGAUGUGCAGCACUUCAAGGUGCUCCGCGACGGAGCCGGGAAGUAUUUCCUGUGGGUGGUGAAGUUUAAUUCUUUGAAUGAGCUGGUAGAUUACCACAGAUCAACAUCCGUGUCCAGGAACCAGCAGAUAUUCUUACGGGACAUAGAACAGAUGCCACAGCAGCCAACCUACGUCCAGGCGCUCUUUGACUUUGACCCCCAGGAGGACGGCGAGCUGGGCUUUCGCAGAGGAGACUUCAUUCAUGUCAUGGAUAACUCAGAUCCCAAUUGGUGGAAAGGGGCCUGCCACGGGCAGACCGGCAUGUUUCCCCGCAAUUAUGUCACCCCAGUGAACCGGAACGUCUAAGAAGCAAAAGAGAUUAUUUAAAGAAAGUGAAAAGUUAAGACCGUUCACAAGAAUUACACCCACACGCUGCCUGUCGCAGCCUGUGAGGGAACGCAGAACACCUGGCUGGGUCCCACGGGUGACCCUCUCAUUAGGUUGCAACUUUGGGGGGUGGGGAGGGGUGUUUGAUUUCAUAAUGCCAAAACUUAACCUAUUGAAUGAAUUACAGUUUUUAUUACGGAAUCUCGCCGCUACCCCUGCUCCCCUACUGUGUCCUUUUUCUCGUUCUUUCUUUCCUGUCCAGUGCAUGAUGUUUAAGGCCACAUAUAGUCCAGCUGAUGCCAAUAAUAAAAGACAAGAAACCAA